UUAAGUCACUUAGUACUCUCUCACCCUAUCCUAAUCCUUAAUUGACUUACCAACUUCUUCAUCAAUGGCGGUUCCUGCAACAUUCUCCAUACAUUAUUCUCUCUUUUACUUUUGUUUAAGCUUUUGCUUCCAUGGAACUUUUGCUGAUUAUGGAGGCUGGAAAAAUGCUCAUGCCACCUUCUAUGGAGGGGGUGAUGCAUCAGGCACAAUGGGUGGUGCUUGUGGUUAUGGGAAUUUGUACAGCCAAGGAUAUGGAACCAAUACUGCAGCACUAAGCACAGCGCUAUUCAACAAUGGAUUGAGCUGUGGGGCUUGCUACGAGCUCACUUGCAGCAAUGACGCUCAAUGGUGCCUACAGGGGACUAUUACUGUAACUGCUACAAAUUUCUGUCCUCCGAAUCCAUCCCUACCUAAUGACAAUGGCGGCUGGUGCAAUCCUCCUCUCCAGCACUUCGAUUUGGCUGAGCCUGCCUUCUUGCAAUUAGCUCAAUACAGAGCAGGAAUUGUCCCUGUAUCUUUCCGAAGGGUGCCAUGCAACAAGAAAGGAGGAAUAAGGUUUACAAUAAAUGGACACUCUUACUUCAACUUGGUAUUGGUGACAAACGUUGGGGGUGCUGGGGAUGUUAAUUCAGUCUCCAUUAAGGGAUCUGGUUCUGGAUGGCAAGCAAUGUCCAGAAAUUGGGGCCAAAACUGGCAGAGCAAUUCCUAUCUCAAUAGUCAGAGUCUUUCAUUUCAAGUUACUACAAGUGAUGGAAGGACUAUCACAAGCUAUAACGUUGCACCACAUAACUGGCAAUUUGGACAAACUUUUGAAGGGGUUCAAUUUUAAUUUUAGCAAGAAACUUAGUAGGUAAAAAAAUAAACAAAGGGGCUUUCACUCAGUCAAAUUCCAAUUUCUGUAUGGCUUUAUUGCUGUGGUGUGCCUGGUGGUUGGUUAGCACCCGCUUAGGCCUAAAGUGGAUAUUUAGGGCUCGUUUGGUACGAGGGAUAAGGAAUAAUUAAUCCCGGACUAAAUUUAAGAAGAGUUUAUCCCAUGUUUGGUUGGGAUAAAAUUGCAGUAUAAUUAAUCACGGGAUUAGUUCCCGGGAUUGUAUUGAUUUCUUAUCCCUAUGGAAAAGUGGAAUAACUAAUCACGGAAUAAUUAGU